CCUUCUGCGCGGCGGCCUCGGGCGGAGCCGGAGCCGGGUGCCGCUCUCUGGGGGCGGGGCGGGCAGCGGAAGCGGAGUGAUGUCAUGUCCGGGGCUCACUCUCUGCGUCUCACUGUUGGGGGCAGCGGCGAGAUGGCGGACCUGUCGCUGGACGAGCUCAUACGGAAGCGCGGUGUGACGGUAAAAGGGAGGCUCAACACAAGGCCAGUGUUUGGAGGUGUAAGGUCUCGCAUUGGGAUACAGCAAAAUCUUCUAAAUAGACCAUCACCAGCUGUCAGCUUCCAGCGGACAUUUGAUGCCCGGCAGAAGAUAGGGCUCACUGAUGCCCGACACAAACUGGGGGUUAAAGAUGCCCGUGAAAAACUGGUUCAAAAGGAUGCUCGGUUCAAAAUCAAAGGGAAGGUGCAGGAUGCUCGAGAGAUGCUAAAUUCCCGUAAGCAGCAAAGUGCUACUGCUGAAAAGGUGACCAAAGUGGUGGAUGCCAGAGAGAAGAUCAGCUUAAAAAGGAGCACUCCAGCUGUCAUCAGUCCAACUAUGGGGACAGUAAAUCCAGCCGUGAAAAUCACCAAAACUAUCCAAAAGUCUCCAGUUCCUGGACACUCAAAUCCAGCAGGAAUGAGGAUCAAUGUGGUGAACAACCAUACACACAAACAGGGCCUGUAUGACAUGGAAGAUGAUGAGGAAAGUGUCUCUCCCCUUCCUAGCAAGCAAAUGAAAAUCACCACCACAAACAGUUUCCUGCACACCGCAACUGGGCUGAGUGGCAAUAAAUUCUCUCUGUCCAAGGCUGUUCCCCUGACUAAAGUGGUUCAGAAUGAUACGUACACAGCUCCACCUGCACCUCCUUCUCCUAUGCGGACAAAGGCUUUGACAAACAUGUCCCGGACCUUAGUGACAAAGGAGGAGCUGCCAAAAGAACCAGCACCAGUUGAGCUGGCAUUCAGUCCUUUGGAAGGCACAAAGAUGACUGUAAACAAUCUGCAUCCUCGAGUCACAGAAGAAGACAUUGUUGAGUUAUUCUGUGUGUGUGGCGCUCUGAAGCGAGCCCGGCUGGUGCAUCCUGGAGUGGCUGAGGUGGUAUUUGUGAAGAAAGAAGAUGCUAUCACAGCAUAUAAGAAAUACAACAACAGGUGUUUAGAUGGUCAACCAAUGAAGUGCAAUCUUCAUAUGAAUGGGAAUGUCAUCACUUCAGACCAGCCUAUAUUGCUCCGACUGAGUGAUACUCCUUCAGUGAAGAAGGAAGGAGAGCCACGCCGGUCAAGUGCAAGCGCCUCUUCAAACCCCCCAGCUGAAGUGGACCCUGACACUAUCUUGAAGGCACUCUUCAAAUCCUCAGGGGUCUCUGCCUCUGUGCAGCCCACAGAAUUCAAAAUCAAACUCUGAGAAGGGGGAGAAAGCCUUGGACUGCAGAUCUCGUUGAAGCUGGGGAAUGAGCAGUGCAGGAGUGCAGAUGUUAAUUUGCAUUUGCCUGCCUUGAAAUUAUUUGUUUUCUAUGAUCGCUACCUUACUGUACAGUAGUGUUUCCUCUUGUGUGUGUACUUUCUGUUUUCAUAGUUGGAGUUUUCCAUGAUUUUUUUUUCCUCCAAAGGAAUAACCUCCUCCUCUUGCCAGUAAUGUAUUACUAAGCAUAUACCAUGUAACUCCCUCCUUUACUCCAGAGCUCCUAGUGGCCAUUAAAAGUGCACAUAGACUUUGAGGGAAGGGGUGGUGAUCUCCUUCUCUUUUUUUCCUUCUGACUGACAGUUAACUAAAAGCUGCAUCCCCCUGUUUACCAACAGGCAAGAGUACUACAUUGUUUCUGAAAUGGCAGCACUGGGUACAAAGUCAGGAAGCACCAGCCUGCAUAUUGGACUUGUAUGCUUCUGUCUGGCUGUUAGGCGUUUCUCUGCUCAGCAGCAUGACACUGAGAAGAAGUGUGAAAACCUGAGCUUCCUGCUGUGUGGUGUGUACCAGCCAACGGAGGUGUCAAGCAGAAAGGACAUGUGCACGAGUGCACCAGCGAUUGUGCUAUGGGAGGCAUGCUUCAGCUCUGGUAAUGCAAAGAGGUGAGGGGGUCAAAAAAGCACUGGCAUUUGUACAAUGAAUAUAUUAGCCUUGUAGAGUCAGGCUCAGUUGCUGUCUUCUCUCUGGACUUUCUGAAAAAUAAGAACCAGACUUUUGUUCAGAGCUUGGGGAAAGCCAAGUGUUCACUCAGUAGACUGUAUUGCAUCUUCCUGCCCUGAUGCAGGGGGAUUUUUUUCUUUUUCUUAACCACCUAACUUACCUGGUCUCCUGUGAAAAGGAAGGAGCUGGGUUUCAGCUACCAGGAUGUAGAAAGCAGUCUUGUGCCUGAGAGCCCUGCUCUAUUGAGAGAUACCAAUUGGGCAAUAUUUGGUUGCUGUGUGGGCCUGCUGCUCAUGUGCAUGGAUUCAGAGACUGAUUGUUGCACUUCCCCUGUUUCAAAGGGAGGUUUUGGAGAGGAGAGCAUUUGGCACUCUAAGGAACGCAUAGGAGAGGAGUGUUAAGCAAGUCCCAAGCAGAGCUGCCAGGCUGUAGCUUGGGCCAGUGAGCCACAGGCCACUAGGUGUCACUUCCUGUGUUAGUACAGCGUUAUUGCCAUGGAUAUUUGAAGUCCAUGGCUCCAUUCUCUUGUAUUUGCUUAAAUUUUAUUGUAAGAAAGGAAAGCUAAGAGCCACUUCCAGAAUCUGGUUGAGGUUUGGACUUGAUCUGUCUAGUUGGAGACUAACCUAAUCCAUCCUGUUCAGCUCUGCUGAACUGUAACAAACACUGUAACCGUUGUAGGUCUAGAUUCUGUUUCUUGGUCCACCCUGUUUCUUUUGCUUUCCUGUCCUGUAUUAGCUCUUUGCUCUUUCUAGCUUGUGCAGACCAUUCUUCUAUCUCACAUUAUCCCUUUUAGCCAUGGAAAUAACUGAGGACUUGUCAGGACUUGUUUUUCUGGAGUACUUUCCAGUUUGGAAACCAACUACACUGUUAUUGGUAGGGUGCUUCAUGUGAACAGCAAAUGUUGCAAGAGAGGGGACCUAAGACAGCUGUUGUUCUCCUUUUAUAGACUGCCCAUUGAACACCUGUGUUUUAUUAAGGAAUAAAAUGGGGGGGAGGGGGAGGAAACAGGGGUUGGAGAAGAUAAUGUAUUAUCUGUUUCUGAAUAAACGUUUGUUAUACAGAGUGGGUUCUGAGCCUUUUUAGGUGCUGUGAAGCAGCUUAGAUGGAGUUGUUCCAACAUUGCAUCAAGGUGUGGGUUUAGAAUACAGAAACUUCAAAGCUGAAGAGUAAAAGGAGUAUAUGGAUGAGGGAACUGAGACUCAUGAGCUUUUUAAUCGGGAUCAUUGAAAUGAGUAGCUGAUCCUUGUGAGGUAGGAGUGAUUUGGGUCCCUGCCUGCUUCCUAAUUAUCUUGUCAUAUAAAAGGAAAAAACUGCAUUGUUCUUGAGAGCUUAGUAAUGCUAAAAGUAAAAUAGUACUUUGUAAGGGAAAAAAUACUGUGAAAUAAGAGUGCUUGUUCUAGAUGAAGUAGGGUACUUUAAUUAUCAGAAAGCAAGCUGUGGGAAUGUGAAAUGUAUCCUGAGUAUCUCUUGUCUUCUCAAAGAUUAGAGAGAUUCAUACUCUGUUAUUAAUAGGUUUGUGUCCAUUCCAAAAGCUAAAUACCAAGAUGCACUUUCCCUUGCUGUCAGGUUGUACAUUGUGUUUAGGUGAACUAUGAGGAAUAUCAUGAAUGUACUUCCUUGGAAGAAGUACUGCUCUGUUCUCUAGCUCUCUGAUCCAGGGCAGUGGCUUUUUUUAUUUAGGUAAUUUAAAUUGAAGUAAAUGAUUGUCUUAAACACCACUCCAUGAUUUGUCUUAACAGCAGUGCCUUGGACUGUGUUACUUCUCUGUUCUCAGUUCUCUAAAGUUUUAUGGUGUGGCUGCAUCUGUUGGGCUCUGAAAGAAGAGGAACCAGUUGUUCAUAGGCCCUUUCAAGUAACACCUUGCAGCAUUCCAGUUUCUCCUGGCUGGCCUGCAAUUUCAUGUACUUCUUGUUUGCAUUCUGCAGAGUUCAUAUCUGUGCUCAUUCACCCUCGUGCAGCAUGGUCAUAUUUUCGUUUGGUCCUUUCUGGGCUGUUAGGGAUCAUAAACUCCCCAGUGAAACAGUUUGCUUGAACUCAUUCACUGUGACUGGCCAGGACCAGAGGUAGGCAGCAUGUAAUAAUGUCUGCUUCUUUUUCCUUUGCUCUUUGCAAAGCACACCGACUUCUGAAGUGAUGCUGCAGUUUCUGUAUUUGUCUGGUAUAUUUCCAUGAGGUUUGCAUGUGCUGUUUGUUCUGGUAACGUUCGUUGGUAUUUGGUUGAGUCAACUUUCCAAGUGAUUUGCUUUCACCGAGUGUUUUUCAUCUGGUCCAUUUGUGUUGCUCCAGUAUCUUUAUUUUUGGAGUGGUCCUGUCUUCCAUUGGGUCAUUAAUACAAGUUCCUCUUCAAAAA